UUUAAACAUACAUCGACUUAACAGAGAACAAUUUACCUCCUAAAUGUGAAAAUCAUGAAACAGAAUGCCAUGGAAAAUUGUCUUAGUGAAGAAAAAAUAUUAUUAUAACACGUAAAAAGUGCUUGGAGUGUUUAAAUGUUAUCAGUUGCCAUACCUUUGAAGUGCUUGUCGUCUGUGAUAUCGGAGACGCCACCUCCCCGCCGGUGCAUCCUCCAAGGGCAUCACAUUCAGCGAUGAGUCUGUGGCUGCGUUCGGUGCCUCGCCUGCGGGCGGCCUUCCUGCCGGCGUCUGCGUCCCGCCUCGCCCUCGGAGACCGGCGCGUCUUGAGGGAGGAGCCGAGGCAGCGAGUGUACUUCUCAAGAUCCCUAAGCAGCGGGGACGUGAAAUGGCUGUGGCCUAUCGACAGGGAAUCUCUCUUGUUCCACCUCGUCCACGACCUCGGCAGCAGAAUGGGGAUUUUCCUCAUGACACUCAAUAGCGUGCAUCCUCUCAAGACAGAGGACGUCGAAAGUGCUCUUUUCCACUUGCAGAGAAAGAAUCUUGCUAUGCGUGUAGAUAUCCGAAUUCGCGAUGACGUCUGGUGGUUUUGUGAACAAGAUGGCAAUAACGUAGAUUUUAAGACCACUAUUUCUAAGAGCACUAUCCCUAACAGAUCCCUAAGCAGCGGGGACGUGAAAUGGCUGUGGCCUAUCGACAGGGAAUCUCUCUUGUUCCACCUCGUCCACAACCUCGGCAGCAGAAUGGGGUUUUUCCUCAUGACACUCAAUAGCGUGCAUCCUCUUAAGACAGAGGACGUCGAAAGGGCUCUUUUCCACUUGCAGAGAUCCCUAAGCAGCGGGGACGUGAAAUGGCUGUGGCCUAUCGACAGGGAAUCUCUCUUGUUCCACCUCGUCCACGACCUCGGCAGCAGAAUGGGGUUUUUCCUCAUGACACUCAAUAGCGUGCAUCCUCUUAAGACAGAGGACGUCGAAAGGGCUCUUUUCCACUUGCAGAGAUCCCUAAGCAGCGGGGACGUGAAAUGGCUGUGGCCUAUCGACAGGGAAUCUCUCUUGUUCCACCUCGUCCACGACCUCGGCAGCAGAAUGGGGUUUUUCCUCAUGACACUCAAUAGCGUGCAUCCUCUUAAGACAGAGGACGUCGAAAGGGCUCUUUUCCACUUGCAGAGAUCCCUAAGCAGCGGGGACGUGAAAUGGCUGUGGCCUAUCGACAGGGAAUCUCUCUUGUUCCACCUCGUCCACGACCUCGGCAGCAGAAUGGGGUUUUUCCUCAUGACACUCAAUAGCGUGCAUCCUCUUAAGACAGAGGACGUCGAAAGGGCUCUUUUCCACUUGCAGAGAUCCCUAAGCAGCGGGGACGUGAAAUGGCUGUGGCCUAUCGACAGGGAAUCUCUCUUGUUCCACCUCGUCCACGACCUCGGCAGCAGAAUGGGGUUUUUCCUCAUGACACUCAAUAGCGUGCAUCCUCUUAAGACAGAGGACGUCGAAAGGGCUCUUUUCCACUUGCAGAGAUCCCUAAGCAGCGGGGACGUGAAAUGGCUGUGGCCUAUCGACAGGGAAUCUCUCUUGUUCCACCUCGUCCACGACCUCGGCAGCAGAAUGGGGUUUUUCCUCAUGACACUCAAUAGCGUGCAUCCUCUUAAGACAGAGGACGUCGAAAGGGCUCUUUUCCACUUGCAGAGGAAGAAUCUUGCUAUGCGUGUAGAUAUCAGAAAUCGUGAUGACGUUUGGUGGUUUUGUGAAGAUGGAAAUAACGUAGAUUUCAAGAUGCUUAGCGAAGGAGCGAACUCGGUGGAAGAAUGUCGGCGAAUGAGUGAGGGAGGAUUUCCCGACGGGGCCACCUGGAAGUUCAGAAUGAUUCCUCGGGGGAAGGAGGCUCCCUGUGUCAUGCCAGAGAUCAAGGAGGACUUUCCCUAUCAGUAUGAUGUCCUUAUGACUAGUCACCAUGCAUUAGGCAGCGGUCUUAGUGUCUCCUUGAUAGUGAAGCGAAUGGUGGAACUUUUGAAUGACGUAAUUCUGGAUCGCCAUAUUGACGACGAGGUCACCAGUCGGUUUAGUUCUAGAGGAGAGUGUUAUGAAAUCGAAUCAAGAAUAAGGAAGAUGUUAGAAGAUGAUCCUCAGCGCCACGACCACGUCAGGGAAACCAUGCCAGAUGCCAGUCCACUAUUAUUGCAAGCAUUCCCACGACCCUCAGGGAAUCGAGCCACCACCGGAUACCUUACUCGCAUCAUCGACCUCGAAGCUACGCAGAACUUUCAAAGGCAAUGCAAAGCCCACGGUGUGACCAUCAACGGUGCAUUCACUGCUGUGGUCAACAUUGCCUUGGCCAGACUAAUGCAGAAAGUCUGGAAUCUCGCAACAGUCUUACCGCAUUGCCAGUAACCAUCU